AUGGCGGAGGAGGAAGUUAACUACGCUUCGGUUGUAUUCAAAAGUAAAAAUCAUCCUCCAACCCAAGCUAGAAAGGAGGAGGAAACUGUGUAUGAUGAAAUGAAGGUACAAAGCGAAACAAACGAACCAACCGCUGACACAAACGCAGGAGUUUUGCUCGACAAGAAAGCAAACAACAGACGUCUCCAGUAUCAGCGGCUGGCCUGUUGUUUGGGGAUUUUUUGUGUCAUUCUGCUGUUGGGCAUCAUAGCAGUCAUCGUCCUCUACUACCAAAGCAAGAUCACAAACCUGACUGCAGAGGUCCAGAACCUGAGAGCAGUAAACCAGCAGCUGGAGACACAGAGGAAGAACUUAACAGAAGAAAUACAAAACAUGGAGACAAACUGGAAUAAACUCAACGUCAGUCGAGCUCAGUGGAGCAUUGAUGCCUACUGCCCCAAAAUAAAUGACGAGAGAGUGUGUAAAGCUUGUCAGAAGGGCUGGUUACCCAAAGAGUCCAAGGCAACCAACUGUUAUGUGUUUCAUGACGCUAAACCUCCUGAUCAGAAAACCUGGGAAGAAGCUCUAGAAGACUGCAGAGGAAAGGGUUCAGAUCUGGUUGUUGUACAUAAUGAAGAGGAAAAGAAAACACUCAAUGAAUACAGCGAGGGUAGUUCAGGAACUAAUGGAUACUGGUUUGGCCUGAGAGCUGAAGGUGGGAGAUGGAAGUGGAUUGAUGGAAGUAAUCUGACUGUAAGCUACUGGACACCACAACCUCCUCCUCCUCCUACUGAUGGUCAGUGUGUAAUGUCUGUCCAGACCAAUAAAUGGAGAUCAGUGAACUGUACUGAGAAACAAAGAAGGAUCUGCAAAAUGAAGGCUUUAUCUGUUUAAACACUGCAGUCAGACUCUGCAUGAUAAUA